UGGGGGGAAGGGAGGGGAGUGAAUGCCGUAGGAAUGGGUGAUGAAAUGAAUCCUGCAUGAUCUCUAACGGGUGAGUUCAAUCUCUCUGUGCCAGAAAGAUCUCCCGUAACUUCAAAUAAACAGCCUAAAUACACCAGUAAGAUGAAGAUUGGUGAACAUUGUUUUAUUAAAUGAACACAAAAGCUGGAGGAUCUCAUUAAGGGAGUGCUGGUGGUGAUUUGUGAUUUAUUGGGAAGCUGCUUUUGAUAGGUUAGUGAAGAAAAAUGCAUCCCAUGCAGGGAAAGAUAUAUUGCCAGAGAGAGGAAAUGUGUAAUCUAAUUAGCUAGCAGUAGGGAUUCACCCACUGCCCCUGUCCUUCAUUCUGCAGGCCAAGACUAGAAAUAGAAAAGAGGUUGUGUCUAAAGCACAUAGCCCACCUUGCUGUUUCCAUUACUGUCUCCAUCACUCUAAUGCAUUUUAAAAGCAGAAUAUAUUGUCCUUUCUAGCUAACAGGCUAUGUAAUAGCAGCAUGAUGCAGGUGAUGCUAUUUUCCUAGCUUAUUUGUGACCUUAGUUAUAGAGACUAAUAUGAAGGGUGAAUGGAGACCAUGGGAAUCAGAUACAACCAGGCUGUGGAAAAGUUUUGUCUAUAAAGUGAGGAUGCUUGUUUGCUGCUUAGCCUUUGCAUCUCCCUGAAUUACGGGUGCUGUGGAGGACAGGGGGAGGAAAGCAGAAAGUAUGUCUGCUGGCCAUUGUUGUCUUCUUACAGCUCCUCUACUUUGUCCAGCUAUGCAGUGCUGUAGGUGUUACAAGGAUAGAUAAUGGCAGGACAAGGGGAAAUGGUUUUAAGUUAAAGGAGGGAAGAUUUAAGUUGGAUUUUGGGGAAGUUCUUUACCAAGAAAGUGAUGAGGUGCUGGCACAGGCUGCCCAGAGAGGUUGUGGAUGAGCAACCCUAGAGGUAUUCAAGGACACAUUGGAUAGGGCCUCGGGCAGCCUGGUCUAGUAUUAGAUAUGGAGGCUGGCAGCCCUGCAUGCAGCUGAGGGGUUAGAACUUCAUGAUCCUUGAGGUCCCUUCCAACCCAGGCCAUUCUGUGAUUCUGUGAUUAUAUGUGUUCAGCAUGCAUGCUGACAACACAGAAGAACCCUAAUUCAGCCAGAACUGAAAUUUCAAAAGACAGGAGAGGAAACAAGCAGGCCUUUAACCAGGCCUUUAACCAUCUUUAAGAAGUGUGUAGUCCUUUUUCCUGCUUUUUUUUUUGUUGUUGUUUUUGUUUUGUUUUGUUUUUUUGAUUGGGGGAAAAAAACCUGUCUUUUCUCCUCAGAGUUCCUCCUUACCUUUCCUUUGGUCCUCAUUUCUCAUUUUUUUUACUGGAAAAAAAAAAUAAAAAAAGUUUACAUAGAAACCUUUUUACACUUGUGCCUAGCUCUGUGUGGUAUGGUACAUCACCAUUUAAAAAAAAUUGUUGUUGUUUUAUAACUUCUUCAUUGGCUAUUUCCAAGACUAUAAGACACUUUGUCUUAGGGAAAUAAAUGGAUGAACAGAAAUGGAAUUCUAGUCAAGUUGUCUCUGAAGAGUGAACCUCAUAAACUGACUGACAUUCUGAAAUUUUACUGGAAAUUCAUUUUUGUAAAGUUGUCUAAUGAAGGUUGCUUUCAUAGUUUUGUUUUGUCUUGCCAGACAUGUUCUACCAUGGAGUGAAAUGCAGGAUAUAAAACUCCAGAAAGAUCAAUCCUUGUUGUAGGAUUUAAUAAGAACUUCAAAGUUGAUCAUACAGUGAUAAUUUCUGUUCAAUCUUAACAAUGGAAUGGUCACUGCUGUUCAUAAUAAAGCAACACAUAUACUGAAAUGGGGCUGUCAGAACAAUUUCUUCUAGAGAUCUGUUCAUUUUACAGACUUGAAACAAGAAAGGACAUCUUUUAGAAAACUGAUCUGAUAAAGGAUACUAUUUGGUCCAGAGUUAUUUCUGAUAUAACAUCAGUGACUUAAAGGGCUGGAUUUAGUCAGUUAUGCCAAUUGACUCCCCUGGGUAAGCUUCAUUUCUUUACCUUCUAUACAUCUUGGACCGAUCUGACCUGAUAGCAAAAGACACAUGAUGUUGUUGAAAAUGAAAUACUGCCUUGGGGCAGAAGGAUAAACUGUGGCCUCCUGAGGUCUUCCCAGCAAUACUUUCUAUAAUUCUAUUAGAUUAAGUGGGGAAAGAAGUCGCGAGGAAAGCAUAAAACAGGCUAAGUCAUAAACUAGCAAUUAAAGUGGGAGCUGGGCCGGGCUACAGCAGAAAACGUACAAUCUAUCCCAAUUAAGAGCUGUAUCUCAAGAGAAACCAGGAGCCUGAUGCAGGUGCUGACAGCAGGGAAAACACUGCAUUUCUGUUCUGUAGGCAGCAAAUGCUUUCUACUGGUGCUUACCCAGAUCCACGGGGGUCCAUACCCUGCUCAGGACUGUGCUCUGCUUUUAGUAAUUACUGUAUCUAUGAUAUUCAGCUGACAGCUGCUUGCAGUUGUUUUCUCAUCUGCCUGUAUAAAGCCAGCGGUCUGAUGGCAGAUCUCUAUUAGUAGAAGGAAGAUGUGUCUGUUCUUGACACCAUCUGUUAUGGGACCCCUCCCUCUCUCCCGCAGUUCACAGUCUUUCUUUUUCCAUUUCAUCUCCACUUCUUCAUGGAGAAUAGCUACCACUGCUUGUUUUUAGCAAGUCAUUUUUCGAUCUUGUAGAUGAUACUCUGUGAUCCUGGGGCUAAGAGGCUUCUAGGACCUUCUGCAGCAGAGGUGGAUUGCUAGCAGGAAAUAUUCAAGGGCCAUGUUGGCCCCCUCAGCGUUUCUCAUAGCCUGAGGGCAAAUCAUCUCUCUGCUUCUCGCAUCCUAUUUUCUCCUCCUGCUGUCAUCUUGCCUUGAGAACAAUGUCUUCUGAGCCACUUGCCCUUGGCUCUGUUGACCUGGAACAGCAAGGCUUGGGGGAGGGAGAAAGAAGAGAGCAUCUCAGUCUCCAGUCCUUUCAGGUGUUGUGAACUCUGAGGUGCUAUGACUCCUUGUUGAAAUCACCUGACAGGUGGGGAUGUUGCUCAGUCUAGAGUGUAAUUUUCUGGCAGGAGACCCCCAGCUGAGUCCCAGCAGCCUCAUCUCGGCUCUUCAGAGCUUGCUGCAGUAUAACUUUCAUAGACAUGGGUUGUUCUCGUUCUGACUUGGAGCUGUGGUUGUUUAUUGUUUUGUUUUGUUUUCACUCCUUGGGGGUCCUUCUCUCAUUCUUCUGUCACAGCUUCACAUAUUUCUUCCCCUAGAGCUGUUUGUCAAGAAAAGUCUGGAAUUGCUCUCUUUCCUGGUCUCUGAGAUCAAAUCCAAAUUUGGCAAUGUUUAAAAGGGAAAUGUGACAGACCCUACAUGUCAAACUGGGGUCAGGGAUGGGGUCAGUUUAAUGAGUUUCCCUCCAGCCAGAUAUGCAUCAGUUGGAGAAAUGUGGAGCCUGUUAUCUUCCUGUACAAGUACUGGAAAAAUAUACGAUGUGAAGACUUUUAGUCAGGGAGUGUGAGCAGAUUAGGUACAUAGGCAGAAGUGGUGAGCUGCUGUGCCUCAAACAGUGGAAAUGAAGGAGCAGUAGGGGAAUAGGAAAGAAUAGGAAUGACUAGGGUCUAUAUUCCUUCAUGAAAAGCCCAAGGGAUUUGCAGAGGGAGAGUGGGAAAUGUGGAUGGAAAGACCUAAGGCUUUUUCUGGCUUGUAGAGUUAUGUACGGAAAUUAAAUGAGAGAAAACAUAAUUUAUGCUUGAGCCGUUGAGGGAAAACAAGGAUACAAGAUAGUGCUGGAUGACACUGCAGGUUGCAGAACAGGUGGUAAGAAUAAAUAACUGGAUAGAAAUUUGCAGGACUGAGGUCUCCUGGUCGAGGUUGGUUUGGGGAAUUCAGAGCCAUGAUGAGUAAGGUCAGUGGCAACCAUGAGUUUAGGUUCAAGAUAAAGGGUUUGCAGUAGACAAAGGCAGGUUGGAUUAAAGCCUGUGUGACAGAGUUGAUGCUGGAGUUAUGCAGCAAUCGUGAAAACCCAUAAUAGUAAGCCUAGAGUAGCAUGGGGAGAUAAACACAGCAAGCUGUGAUGCACUGAGGAUCAUAUUCAGGGGAGACUGAAAAAAAUUAAAUUAAAAAAAAAUAGACUACAGACUCUAUUGGUCUGAAAGGGUGGAAAAAUGUGGAGAGAUUGGAAAUUCAGGUUGAGUGCAAUUCUUUGAUAGGAUUUCUGAGUGCAAGGAAAGAAACACCUAUAAUUACUGCCUGCAAAUUUUUGUAUUAUUUAAAAAGACAAAAAAAAGGUUAGAUUCUUUUAGCAGAAGCUAGGGUGAUACGCUUGCUUAAACCUCUUUUUUUCCUGGGGGGAGAGGAUGGAGAGACUAACAUAUAAGCUUACUCAUAAUUGUGCUGCACCAUAUAUUAUGUCUGUCCAGUCAGAGAAUGGAAAGAGAACCUUCAUCUCAUUUGACAUUUGACCAAGCAAAAGUGACCACUAGAACUUCAGAAUUGACAUUUCACAACAGAAACUCCUCGAGACCAGCUAAUAGAGCAGAGGGCCUCCUGAAAAUAUCAGUAUUAACCUCAAAAAAGUACAAAAUGCAAUGUGUAUGUGGUCAAUGUAAAGCAGAUAGAAAUCACCCUGUUUGUGAAUUUGCUACUAACUAUAAUAAAAAUGCCUUUAGCUGCGAAAGAGUGGAAUUUCUUUUCUCUCUUGGUUUCCUUUCACUUUUGCUAAUCAAUUUUAAUUCUUGUGAAGCAUUGCUUGCUCUUAGUGUCACAGUUGUGUGUGGCCACUGUGUGCUAUUUGUAGGUCUUUGAUUUUGUGAUGUUGAACGGCUUCAGUGUGGAGGCUGAAACUGGAAGUGUUGGAAUUCACGUUGCAGCUGAAGCAUCAGGCAUAAAAUGCAGAACAGUAUGCCUAGGAAAGACCAUUUACAAGGUUAAGAUAAUGCUUUUCAGUGCUGUUGUCAGCAGAGAGGCAUCAGGCUGAAAGGAGCAGGAAAAUGUUAGAUGGAUUAGGAAUGCUGGUAGCUUAUGAGCAGGAAACAAUUGUCAUUUAUUGGAACCGAGUUAGAUGUGAUGCUGCAAGUCUCUGAAUGCAGAUAUCAGGGGAGGUAUAAGGGAGCUUUUUUGGGACAGGGUCAUGAAACUGGGAAAGGGCAGGAGGACAUUGCCAGUAUGGACACCAACAGAGUAAUGUACCUUUUUUUGUCCUCUCUAGUUUCUGCACCCACUCAGGCCUGGGGCUAUUUCCUUUAAGUGGACUGAGUCCUUGCUGUUGAUGGCCCUUCUAGCUGAGACUACCAGUAGGGUGGCAUCCCUCUUCACCUAGACAGAAGUGAUCACUGGAUGCCACUUGGUUCACAACCAUUUGAUUCCUCUGUACUGUCCAUGCCUCUAGCCUAUGAACAGUCCCAGGAGGUCUGAUUGCUGCUUGUAGCCCUACAUCCCCACAACUCUUCUAUGCUUCCUAUGCUAAUGCCCCUCUUCCCCCUAUUACCUUCAGACUCCUUAAAUCCUCACACGUACUCAAGUUUAUGAAGUUAUACGCCGAUGUCAAGAAAAAGAACUGGUCUUCCUAUCCACUACUACCAUCUCUUGCCCCUCUCUUCUCCAUCUGGUGCUAGGGUAGAGCUUGUUCAUCCAGCUAGUUCUGGCACAAAACUGAACUGGUAUGGGAGUGAGAGAGCUGUGCCCAUGUUGGAUGUGUCUUCCUUUGCGGGUGAGGGGCAUCUGAAGCAGGCACCCUUUCCUCCUUUUAUUAGACUGCUCUCAUUUAUUACACCAUCUGUUUUCCCAGUGCCAGAGAUGAUGCUGGGGAUAUGUGACUUGGGGCACUCAGGCAGAAACUGGCCUGCACAAGGCCAGCCAUGUGUUUGCCUCCUAGCAAUGCAGCGGUCAGCAGCAAAUUCUUUGCCGCCGCCUCCUCUCAGUAUGGGAGAGAGCAAGCGUGGGCCUGGGUGUGUAGGAGACACAAAGAGAUAAAAUAUGUGAAGGAGCAGGGGGAGGCACGGGAGGGACGUGGACUGGGGGUACAUACGUAUCAGCUAGAGAGAACUGUGGGAAGGAAGGACAGACAGACAGAUGGGCAGAGUAGGGGAGAAGGCAAAAGGAAUGGAUUGUCAGGAGGGGCUUACUGCCAAUGCACAGAGACCCAGUGGACCUGGGAAUGUAAAUGCCACUGUUCUAGUGCAGGGUUUUUCCUGCUUGCUGAACUGCAAUGUACCUGAGCAUCUGCAACCUGUGGACUGCCUAUUUCCAGUGCUUGACUGCUAGGAGCUGUUUAUGAUGGCAGCCUGAUGACCAUAGCUGUGGGGACCGACUACUGGCUUUACUCCAGAGGGGUUUGCAAGACUAAAACUGUCAGUGAGAACGAAACCAGCAAAAAGAACGAGGAAGUCAUGACCCAUUCUGGAUUAUGGAGAACCUGCUGCCUGGAAGGGAAUUUUAAAGGUCUGUGUAAGCAAAUCGAUCACUUCCCUGAGGAUGCAGAUUAUGAAGCCGAUACAGCAGAAUAUUUCCUCCGGGCUGUUAGAGCCUCUAGUAUUUUUCCGAUCCUGAGUGUGAUUCUGCUUUUCAUGGGUGGACUCUGCAUUGCAGCCAGCGAGUUCUACAAAACUCGACACAACAUCAUCCUUAGUGCCGGCAUCUUCUUCGUGUCUGCAGGUCUGAGUAAUAUAAUCGGGAUCAUCGUAUACAUAUCAGCCAACGCUGGAGACCCCUCGAAGAGCGACUCCAAGAAGAACAGCUACUCCUACGGCUGGUCCUUCUACUUUGGGGCCCUGUCCUUCAUUAUAGCCGAGAUGGUGGGAGUGCUGGCCGUCCACAUGUUCAUCGACCGGCACAAACAGCUGCGCGCCAACGCUCGCGCCACGGACUACCUCCAGUCCUCCGCCAUCACCCGCAUCCCCAGCUACCGGUACCGCUACCAGAGACGCAGCCGCUCCAGCUCCCGCUCCACCGAGCCUUCACACUCCAGGGAUGCCUCUCCCGUCGGGAUCAAAGGGUUCAACACCCUUCCAUCAACAGAGAUCUCGAUGUACACCCUGAGCAGGGACCCGCUGAAGGCCACCACCACCCCUACCGCUACCUACAACUCCGACAGGGAUAACAGCUUCCUCCAGGUUCACAACUGUAUCCAGAAGGAGAACAAGGACUCGAUCCACACCAACACAGCCAACCGCCGGACCACCCCGGUAUGAAGCCGCCGCCAGGAGCUGCGAGUGGGAAAGGAGGAGGCAGGAGG